CCGAGGUAUUCAUCUUUUUAAUAAUUAAAUACCUGUUUUAUUAUUAAAUUAUAUGUUUGCGUCAUACCAAUAAACUUGCAAAUUGUGCCCAAAGCGAGCUAUUGUGAUGUUGUCUUUGCUGAUGAAAAGAGGUGUUUAUGAUUUAUGGUAUUUGCUAUUUAUUAUUAGUGUUACAAUAAAUAUAUAUUUGUACAUAAGUACCAAAUGAAAUGUCAACAAUGAAGUACCCACUGAUUUUGUUAGCGAUUCUUAUAAAAACCACUAGUCAGCAAGAUCAGUGGUCAUUGUUAAUUAAUCCAGCAGUCUCUUACAAACCUUGUACUGGAGAUUAUGACAUCAGUGUCAAUUAUGAGCCUGGUCUUCCACCAGACGAAGAAAACAAAUACGACCUUACAAUCACCAAGCAGUUUCCAUUGCAUACUAAUUUGGUAAUCGCAUUCGAUUCCGAUGCAAGCAUUACGUUGAAAGACAAAAGCUUCGCCAGAGUGGAUCUCAAUUACGACAACUCAUUCACUAUUCGAUUUUUCAAACCAAAAGAUGAAAUCACAUUUACAGUAAAGGGCGUUACACCUGGAGUAAUCCCUUACGUAUCAAGUCUUGUUAUAAACACUAGAGAAUAUUGUGGUGAGCCACAGUUGGUGGGAUACCUAGAUCCAUAUAUACAAGGUUUCAAAGAUGCAGCAGUCAGUCCUGAUAGAAGACCACAAGGAAAUUGUGGAAGACGUAAAGUGACACACACAGAGUUGAUUGUAAACGGAGCCUUUACGAAACCAGGAGACUGGCCUUGGCAUGUUGCUUUAUAUAAAAUUGAUCGUUCAACUAUAAAAUACAUCUGCGGUGGAACACUUAUUACUAAGAACGAUGUUUUAACAGCUGCACAUUGUGUUACGUCAAGAGGAACUCCCGUACUACCCGACACUUUGAGUGUUGUCCUCGGGAAAUAUAACUUGAUUGGAGGAGACACAGAGUCCCAAGAGAGAGAAGUAUUCAGUUUGAUUGUCCACAAAGACUUUGAUCACAAACGGUUGGAGAACGAUAUAGCGUUAAUAAAACUGAAAUCCGAAGUUGUGUUUAAUGAUUACAUACAACCUGCCUGCGUGUGGUAUCCAAAAGCUAUUGACAAAUUACCAAGCAAUACGGAUAUAUUCGGAACAAUUGUGGGCUGGGGAUUUGAAAAUACAGACCGCUUAGCGCCACAGUUGCGAAAAGCCAAAAUGCCCAUCGUGACAGAGAGCACGUGUAUAAAGAGUAAUCCUCUCUUCUACUCCAGACUUCUGACAAACAACAACAAGUUCUGCGCUGGCUAUCGAAACGGUACCUCAGCAUGUAAUGGAGACAGUGGCAGCGCCUUCCAAGUGUUCAUACCAGACCAGACCGGUGAUGAUAACCCAAAUGCCAUAGGUGCGUGGUACGUACGAGGAAUAGUAUCGGUCACAUUGGCAAGAGUUGAUGUUGCCAUAUGCGAUCCAAACGAAUAUGGUGUCUUCACGGACGUUGAAAAAUAUAAAUCUUGGAUCGACAACAAUAUUGCGUGAUACUGGUCAAUGAUACUUCAAGUGAUAUGUGUGACGUAAAUAAAAAUGUUUUGUUGUGAAUCAGACGUAAAUAAAAUUGUUUAGUUGUGAA